AUGACUAUUCCGAGGAUGGAACUGACAGCUGCUACUAGUGCCGUUAGGCUUGGAAACAUGAUUAUAAGAGAGAUAGAAUACUCAUUUGAUGACAUUUAUUACUAUUCAGACAGUAUGUCAGUACUUCGAUAUAUAGCAAACUCAAAGACACGUUUUCACACUUUUGUAGCCAAUCGUUUGGCUGUUAUUCACGAAGCAACUAAAGUAAAUCAAUGGCACUACGUAGGCACAAAAGAAAACCCGGCUGAUUUAGCUUCGAGAGGAGCGACUAUUGAACAAUUUAACAGAAAUCCACAAUGGCUUCGUGGGCCAGAUUUCUUAUGGAAUAAAGACAUUAAAUUCCCACAGUGUACCGAGGACACUAGUUUUAUCGGCAAUGAUCCAGAAAUUAAGAAACCAGUGGCUGUUUGCACUGUAGAAUCAUUUGAAGGAAUGAAACGUCUUAUUUCUUACUUUUCGAAUUGGGAACGCUUAGUCACCAUAGCAGCACGGUUCGUACUUGCAGCCAAUCACUUUAGAAGUGUUAAAGACAGUAUUGAAAUCGAUGGAAACGGAAAAACGAGUAUGAAGAUGUCUGAUACGCUUACGACAAGUAUAGUUGAGUGUACAGAGAGGUCCUUGAUUAGUUAUGUGCAACAUAAACACUUUAAUGAUGAUAUACAGACUCUUGAAAAGAAAUGUCCUCUCAAAAUUUCUUCUAAACUGAGCAAUCUGGAUCCAUUUGUCGACAAAGAUGGAUUGCUUAGAGUUGGAGGACGAUUGGAGCGAUCGGAUAUUUCGUACGAAUCAAAACACCCUAUCGUCUUGCCUAAGGACUCACCGAUAUCAAGACUUAUUAUUGAGAACAUUCAUCGUUCAAUUGGACAUUUAGGAAAGAAUUCAAUCUUAGCCGUUCUUAGACAAAAAUAUUGGAUUUUAGGAGCCAAUUCUAUUAUUAAAGGCUUAGUGUCUAGAUGCGUCAGAUGUAAGAAAUAUCAAGGAACAUGCUCAAAACAGAAAAUGGCAAAUCUUCCGAAAGAAAGACUUCAGGCUGAUGAUCCGCCUUUCACAAGAAUUGGAAUAGAUUUCUUUGGACCCUUUGAGGUAAAGCAAGGAAGGAGUGUAGUUAAAAGAUAUGGUGUGAUUUUCACAUGCCUGACUAUUAGGGCAAUACACCUCGAAUUGGCAUAUUCAUUAGACACUGACUCUUGCAUAAAUGCUAUAAGGAGAUUUAUUUCGAGAAGAGGAGUGCCAGUCUUUAUAAGGACAGACAAUGGAACAAACUUUGUUGGUUCAGAAAGGGAACUAGGAGAAGAAAUAAAAAGAUGGAACUUAAAUCAAAUACAGGAAUUCAUGAUUCAGAAACGCAUUCAGUGGGAAUUUAAUCCGCCGUCUGCAUCACACUUUGGAGGAGUAUGGGAACGCCUUAUUAGAUCAGUGCGUAAGGUAUUCUAUUCAGUCAUGCACGAACAGAACAUUCGACUAACUGAUGAAGGACUUAUGACUCUAUUCUGUGAAGUAGAAAGUAUUCUUAAUGGACGUCCGAUCACAGAAGCGUCAGAUAGUAUCACAGACUUAAAUGUAUUGACUCCGAAUCACUUGAUACUUCAACGUGCGGGUGAAAGCUUUCCACCUGGUGUGUUCUCUAAGACAGACAGCUAUGUCAGAAGGCGAUGGAGACAAAUCCAGUAUCUCGCUGAUUUAUUUUGGACUAGAUGGCGAAAGGAAUACUUACCUCUAUUGCAGCGCAGAACAAAAUGGACAAAACCGACAAGAAAUAUGAAAGUAGGAGACAUAGUUCUCAUUUCCGACAAUGCACCGAGAAAUUCGUGA